AUGGCAGAUUCACCAACGUCAACUCCACCUCCGUCGACUCCAAGCUUCCUUCAGCUCUCUUAUCCCGCUCCCCGAGUACUCCUCGUCCGGAUGGUCAGGCCCAAAGACCUGAACGCCAUGUCAACAGCUGCACAAUGGGAGAUGGACUCAGUAUGGAGGUGGUUCGACCAAGAACCCAACUUGACGGUCGCAAUAAUCACGGGAACUGGGCGAGCUUUCUCAGCGGGAGCAGAUCUUAAAGAAUGGAACAACAGCAUGUCUGCUGAUGCCGAUCCAAGCAAACGAAUGGGUAAUGCGCCAGACUUCACCCCCCUAUCGCGGAGGCUCGGGAAGAAACCAAUCAUCGCAGCAGUCAACGGCCUUGCAAUGGGCGGUGGGUGCGAAUUCGUCGUCAACUGUGAUAUAGUCGUUGCCUCGGAAGACGCAUAUUUCGGCCUUCCGGAAGUCAAACGUGGUAUCGCAGCAAUAGGAGGCGCCCUCCCACGACUUAUACGCACGAUUGGCCUCCAACGAGCGAGCGAAUUCGCACUAACGGGACGCAAUGCAUCAGCGCAAGAGAUGGCGCAGUGGGGGCUCGUAAACAAGGUGGUUCCAAAAGACCAGGUUGUUGAAGAAGCAAUGAGGUAUGCGCAGAUGAUUGCAGCCAACUCUCCCGACGCAAUCAUCUGCACCAGGGCAGGCCUGAGACAGGGUUGGGAGACGGCAUCUGUAGAGAGAGCAGUUGAAUGGACUCUCGAGAAAGAAUUUGCCGAGUUACAAAAGGGUGAAAACAUUCUAGAGGGCCUUAAAGCAUUCUCCGAGAAAAGGGAACCCCGGUGGAAAGGUAGCAGGUUAUGA